AUGUUGCCAACAGCCACCUAUACUUCUGGGGACAUAACACAAAGCUUCCACCCUGGUAAGGGUCCGCACACAACAAAUGGAUCGACGACGCAAAUAUCCGAUAUAGUUUUGAACGCCGGAGGUCAGGAUCGAGAUAAACCUAGCGCUGCGAAUGAUACGCCAAUGGGCAAUUUACGAGCAUCCCUCACCACACUCCAAGAUCAAAUCAAUGUUUUCCUAACAGAGCGAAUGAGAGCUGAAAAGGCAAACGAUAGAGAUGAUAUAGAACGAAAAGUUUUAGACGAAGGGGCUGAAGAGGAAAGUGAUAGUGAAUAA